AUGGGCUGCUUUGGAGCAGAAGGUGGCCCUAAGCGAUGGGAGCAAGGAGUUUAUUCGCACUCUGGGUUUCCGAAAGAUGACGCCUGUACAAGCGAUCGCGAUUCCCCUUUUCCUCAGCAACAAAGACGUGCUAGUCCAGGCGUGCACCGGAAGCGGAAAAACCUUAGCUUUUCUGAUCCCGAUGGUGGAACUCAGUCUACGAGCAGUGCGGGAAGCGAAGAAAGACUUACUGGAUUUGGAUGACGAAACAGGAGGAACGGGAACAAGUAGUGCAAGAACUUCUCUUGAACAACAACAAGAACAAGAGGAACAUAACUAUACCAGAAGCAAAAAGGCAG